UUAAGCCCGCUCUUUAUACGUGCCCUGCAACGGCAAUACUCUACCACUGUACAGGGUAGUAGAUCUUUCGUACGUUGGAGCCGGCCGGAUCGACGACCAUGGGGUGCGACGACAAGUGCGGGUGCGCCGUCCCGUGCCCCGGCGGCACGGGCUGCAGGUGCGCGUCUUCGGCGAGGAGCGGCGGCGGCGACCACACGACGUGCUCGUGCGGCGACCACUGCGGGUGCAACCCGUGCAGGUGCGGCCGCGAGUCGCAGCCGACGGGGAGGGAGAACCGGAGGGCCGGCUGCUCCUGCGGCGACUCCUGCACCUGCGCCUCCUGCGGCUCCACCACCACCACCGCUCCCGCGGCCACCACCUGAUCCAUCCAUCCAUGCGCCCAAAAAUGCCCAACGAGACGUGUUUAUACGUGUGGUUAAGCGUGUGUACGUGCGCCAUGCUUAGUACUCAUAGCUGCUUAGCUAAACAGCACAGCUGAUAAAUAAAAAGGGCUUGCUGCUUGAGUCGAGUCGUAUCCCGUUGUCUAGUUCUGGCUAGACUCGCGCAUCACGCAUGCAACGGACAUGGUGAUACGCGAGGGAUGGAGAGUUCGGAGUUGGGAGACACUGUGUACUGCAGUACCAGGUUGAUAAGUGUGUCUGUACUUGUGUAAAUAUGUUUUACAUGAAUAAAAAGGUUGGUAACUUUGUCAUGUUUAUCAA